AUGUCUGCGUUUUUUACAUACGGGCAGGUUCUCCCAGCACAUAGACUUUUCCAUUCUUCUCGCGGUGGGCUCUUUCAGCCUACAGUAACCCAAGCGAUCCGGUUAUUAUCCAAGGGACCUUUCCCUGUGGACCCUCACGGGGCUCCUGCAGACAAGCAACGAUGGAGCAUAAGCAAUACCUGUGUUGAUCCUUUUUCGGAGGUACCUACAGCUUUUACUACAAACGGAGAGGAUGCUUUUCUAGCUCCAUCUACAUAUGCAUGCAACUCCUACUCUUGGAUACACAUCUUUCCAGAAGGGAUGAUACACCAGUCAGCACACAAAACUAUGCGCUACUUCAAAUGGGGCAUUUCUCGCUUGAUAUUGGAACCAGCUGAAUGUCCAGAUAUCGUCCCAAUGUGGAUCGAAGGCACGGACGGUGUUAUGCAUGAGGACCGUGGAUUCCCUCGUUUUAUUCCUCGCAUAAACCAGAAAGUCAGCGUCACGUUUGGAGAAAAAGUGGACACGGAGGCUAUAUUUGGAGAGCUAAGAAGCAAAUGGCAGAAGCUGAAAAGGGAAUCGGAGCAAGGAAGCUCUGAACCUCUCGCAGUUGGCAUAUUGAAUGAGAAGCUUAUGUACGGAGAUGAAGCCACGGAACUUCGACUGGAGUGUACGAGAAAGGUUCGGGAUCUCGUUCUCGAGGUCCGGCGUUCAAGAGGCUUCCCGGAUGAAGAUCCGAAGGCCAGCAUGGCAGAGACAUGGCUGAGAGAGGGGCCCAAGAGAGAAGGCAGGAUGGAUGACGGCUCUCUGGUUAGAGACAUCUAG